CCGAUGGAGAAGAAGCAGGAAUCUUCUCACCAGUACGGUUCACUGGAGCGCACUGAAUGGAGCAAAGACACCAAAAAACCAGACGAGGACGUGGUGUCUAUGGCGGACUCCACCAUCACCGUGGACGACAUCGAGGGGGAGCUGUUUAAGAUUGACAGGAUCAGAGACGUGCUGGUCAGGAGGGAGUCAGAGCUCAGAUACAUGAUGGAUGACAUUCAGCUGUGCAAGGAGAUCACUCGUCUGAAGAAGGAUCUGCAGAAAUUAGUGUCCAUACCAGAUAAUGACAAGUCCAACGAGGACCGGCAGAAGGAGGAGGAACUCCUGCAGCAGAUCCACAAGCUGGUUGAGACCAGAGACUUCCUGGUGGACGAUGUGGAGUUUGAAAGACUCAGGGAAAAAGAAGAAGACAAAGAAAUGGCAGAUUUUCUGAAUUCCAAAUUUCCCAAAAAUAUGAAGAAGAAAGGUGUUCCACCCAGACGAGCGCCGUCCAGAGCUCAGCAGACCUCUUCUCCCUUCGCCAAGACGGGCCUCACCCUGCUGAAGGAGUGCUGCGGCUUUACAUGCUCCAUCAUGUAGACUAGGGUUGACAUAGGGGCCACAAAUCAAAAUUGGCCUCUCUACAAUAGUCAACAUUUCAAAUUUCAGCUUUUCAGUCCAAGAAAGACUUUGAAGCAUGGAUGGAGCAGUACAGUGGAGGUUAAGAAUUCUCCAGAGGCAGAGCUAAGGUUGUUGCAAAGAUCAUGUGGUUUGUUUUCCAUACCCAAGUUUGUCUCGUUAUAUAGAUUCUAGUUACAAGUUUGCCCAUACAUAAGAUUGUAUAUCUGGUUUUGUUUCCAUCCUGUCUAUGCUCUCUAAUCCCACUUUUGUUUAAAUUUUCCCGCCAAAUUAACAGCAAUCAAAUGCAAUUGUGGUAUUAUUUCUCUUUUUAAGCUGAGAAGACAGGGUUUUAAAGGAUAUAAACAGCAUAGCACAAGUUAGGUAUGUAUUGUGGAAAGACUAAUUGGAAUAAAUCACUAUAACAUGCCUACGACUUCUAUAUUCAAAGACCUCACUGAGCUAUGGCAGCAAUCAUUUCCUCAUUAAAUGUUGUUUUGCAGGCCAGUCUAGAUACAAUGCUGGAAAUAUAAAAACAGCAUUCAGGAGAUAACACUAAUGAAACUGACAUUAAACAGGAGCUCUGUUAGGUUGAAGUUGCCCGUUAUUUGAGUUCCGAUUUAAAUGGGUACGACCUUUUUCAAAGUGGUGGUUUGUGAAGAAUCAAUGGAUGUCUCAUUACGCUCAAUUUCCCUUUAUUGAUAGUUCACCAAUGUUCAGUACUUUUUCAAAUGAUGCAAAGUAGAAUUGAAGGACAUUAUACAAUAUAACAUUUUUCAGUCAGUAUUUUAUUCUGGUGAGCAUUCAACA